CAAUACAAGGUGGAGACCAGGACCAUCGCUGUGGACUUUGGUCUGUCGGAUAUCUACCCCAAGAUCGAGGCUGGACAGGCAGGCCUGGAGAUCGGAGUGUUGGGUAGAUGUUCCUUUUGUCUGGUCGUCCUCGCUCUGUAUACCACCACAUUCUCAUCUGUUUCACAAAAUAUCCUCACAAACCACAUACUGACAUUGGUCUCAUAAUCUACACAGAUAAACGACUCUCGCGCACACACACACUUUUGACAUUUGCACGUUUUGUUUGUUGUACCGAGUUAAACGUGUUUUUAUUUUAUUAAUUUUUUUACAUUUCCCAGCAACACAGACGGACACUAUGGUGGCAUGCAUGUUAACACUUUUGUUUAACAACACAUGCCGCUGGUCUAUGGACUGUCGGGUCGCUGGUCCAUGGACUGUCGGGUCGUGCCGCUGGUCAAUGGACUGUCGGGUCGUGCCGCUGGUCUAUGGACUGUCGGGUUGUGCCGCUGGUCCAUGGACUGUCGGGUUGUGCCGCUGGUCCAUGGACUGUCGGGUCGUGCCGCUGGUCUAUGGACUGUCGGGUCGUGCCGCUGGUCAAUGGACUGUCGGGUCGUGCCGCUGGUCUAUGGACUGUCGGGUUGUGCCGCUGGUCCAUGGACUGUCGGGUUGUGCCGCUGGUCCAUGGACUGUCGGGUCGUGCAGCUGGUCUAUGGACUGUCGGGUCGUGCCGCUGGUCUAUGGACUGUCGGGUCGUGCCGCUGGUCUAUGGACUGUCGGGUCGUGCCGCUGGUCCAUGGACUGUCGGGUCGUGCCGCUGGUCCAUGGACUGUCGGGUCGUGCCGCUGGUCCAUGGACUGUCGGGUCGUGCCGCUGGUCUAUGGACUGUCGGGUCGUGCCGCUGGUCCAUGGACUGUCGGGUCGUGCCUCUGGUCUAUGGACUGUCGGGUCGCUGGUCCAUGGACUGUCGGGUCGUGCCGCUGGUCUAUGGACUGUCGGGUCGUGCCGCUGGUCUAUGGACUGUCGUGCCGCUGGUCUAUGGACUGUCGGGUCGUGCCGCUGGUCUAUGGACUGUCGGGUCGUGCCGCUGGUCUAUGGACUGUCGGGUCGUGCCGCUGGUCUAUGGACUGUCGGGUCGUGCCGCUGGUCUAUGGACUGUCGGGUCGUGCCGCCGGUCUAUGGACUGUCGGGUCGUGCCGCCGGUCUAUGGACUGUCGGGUCGUGCCGCUGGUCCAUGGACUGUCGGGUCGUGCCGCUGGUCCAUGGACUGUCGGGUCGUGCCGCUGGUCCAUGGACUGUCGGGUCGUGCCGCUGGUCCAUGGACUGUCGGGUCGUGCCUCUGGUCUAUGGACUGUCGGGUCGCUGGUCCAUGGACUGUCGGGUCGUGCCGCUGGUCCAUGGACUGUCGGGUCGUGCCGCUGGUCUAUGGACUGUCGGGUCGUGCCGCUGGUCUAUGGACUGUCGGGUCGUGCCGCUGGUCUAUGGACUGUCGGGUCGUGCCGCUGGUCCAUGGACUGUCGGGUCGUGCCGCUGGUCCAUGGACUGUCGGGUCGUGCCGCUGGUCUAUGGACUGUCGGGUCGUGCCGCUGGUCCAUGGACUGUCGGGUCGUGCCGCUGGUCCAUGGACUGUCGGGUCGUGCCGCUGGUCCAUGGACUGUCGGGUCGUGCCGCUGGUCCAUGGACUGUCGGGUCGUGCCGCUGGUCCAUGGACUGUCGGGUCGUGCCGCUGGUCUAUGGACUGUCGGGUCGUGCCGCUGGUCCAUGGACUGUCGGGUCGUGCCGCUGGUCCAUGGACUGUCGGGUCGUGCCGCUGGUCCAUGGACUGUACUUUGACACUUUAGAAAAUAAGAUGCAGUCAGUCCUGAGUUCUAACCCUGGAGUUGUGACCCUAAAACAGUAGAAGUGUUACUAUUCUCAGUGUGGUCAUUCAGAAUUAACCGCCUACUAGUAUGCCUUAGGAAGUACCUACAGAGUUUAUUCGUUUUCAGAUGUUACUCUCCGUCAGUCCACAUUCUUGCUGUGUGACAGUGUCACUUUCAGACAAGACCAUUGUUCUUUGUGUGAGAGCCCAUAAGUACAUGCGCUGCUUGGCUUGCUCUUCCAGUUUAAGGUGUGGUUGUGUGCCCUUUUUAUGAACGCCUUGCUCUCAUAAGGUCCUGCUGCCCCCUGGUGGCUUUCAAGAGUAACAGCAGCACCGUUUUUAAUUUCCUUAUUGCCAAUAACUGUGGUCUCGUCUGCUUUUAAAUAAAAUAAUUAUUCAACAGUGAACAAUGUUGGAAUCUCCUAUCCCUACCCUGAGUACUUCCUGCAUAUUCCUGACCUGGACAACUUCAUCACCAACGUGAUCAAUGUCAACAUGACCU